AUGCCUCCAAAAAGAACCUCUAAGAACGCUGAGAACAGCAACAAGAAACUGCGAAUCAAGCAGUAUAAACUUUCUGGAUUUGAGGAAGAGAUGAAGCCGAAGAAGGCACAUGGUUCCUGGAACGAUACCAAAGAGUUGAAAGAUGCACACAAGAAGGCAUGGCAGGACAUUAUUAAAAGGGUCAACGACGUGACAUCUAGUGAGACAGAGCUAUCUUACAACACUUGCCAUCGCAAAAUGUUGAAACUUGUAGACAUCUACAAGAAUGCCUUUGAGGAGAGAACUGUUGCUGGGAUCUCAGGUGCAAAUAGAAACAGGCCAGAGGUAGAGAAGGCUGUCCAAAAGAUCCUUGACAAGUUAAAUGUCACUACGGGAAAAAAAGUGGUCUUUUUGGUGGUCUUUUAG